GUGCAAUCCAGUAGCUACCGCUUCAUAUCAAAAGAGCCUGAUGCUCUUGUCCACAGCUGCAUCGCGUCAAUUCAAGCAAAUACCAAGCUGUAUACCGUGAGGGUAAGCUGUAGCCUCGACUUGAACAGCUGGUUACCUACAGUGAAGCCACAGCCACAGCAGCCACAGCAGCCUAUCAGUUCGAAAGUGUCAAGAUCCUCCGCAGCUUGUCCGCCUGCAUCAUCGCUCUUCAGCCAUUCGCUCCUUCACCCAACUGCUUUUGAACCCAACAACCGAGUCCUUCUUCCUUGUAUACGCUCUCUUAAUCAUCAGUCGACGAUCGCGAGGCCGCCAGCAUGGCCGGAAUAGAUCAUCGUAUGCCUACGGUGCAGCCCAGACUGCGAUACAAUACCAUCGGAGGUAUCAAUGGACCACUGGUCAUCCUUGACAAUGUCAAAUUCCCCAGAUACAACGAGAUUGUCAGUCUGACAUUACCCGAUGGUUCGGAAAGAUCUGGGCAAGUGCUUGAGGCAAGGGGCAACAGAGCUGUCGUGCAAGUUUUCGAAGGAACCUCCGGCAUUGAUGUGAAGAAGACGAAAGUCGAGUUCACCGGCCACAGUCUCAAGAUUGGUGUCUCGGAGGACAUGUUAGGUCGUAUCUUCGAUGGCUCCGGAAGAGCAAUUGACAAAGGUCCUAAAGUGUUGGCGGAAGAUUACCUGGACAUCAACGGAAGCCCCAUCAACCCAUAUUCAAGAGUCUACCCCGAAGAGAUGAUUUCGACUGGUAUCUCGGCCAUUGACUGCAUGAACUCGGUCGCUCGAGGACAGAAAAUCCCCAUCUUCUCGGCCGCCGGUCUCCCCCACAACGAAAUUGCUGCUCAAAUCUGUCGACAGGCCGGUCUGGUCAAUCAACCCACCAAGGAUGUCCAUGAUGGGCACGAGGAAAACUUCAGUAUCGUCUUCGCAGCCAUGGGUGUCAAUAUGGAAACUGCACGAUUCUUCACCCGAGAUUUCGAAGAGAACGGAUCGAUGGAAAGAGUGACGCUCUUCCUGAACUUGGCCAACGAUCCCACCAUCGAGCGCAUUAUCACGCCCCGACUGGCCCUUACCACGGCAGAGUACUACGCCUACCAGCUGGAAAAGCACGUGCUGGUCAUCUUGACAGAUCUGUCGGCCUACUGCGAUGCGCUGCGAGAAGUCUCCGCCGCCCGAGAAGAAGUUCCCGGUCGACGUGGUUACCCUGGUUACAUGUAUACUGAUCUGUCCACCAUCUACGAACGAGCCGGUCGUGUCGAAGGGCGAAACGGGUCGAUCACGCAGAUUCCCAUCCUGACUAUGCCGAACGACGAUAUUACGCAUCCCAUCCCCGAUUUGACGGGAUACAUCACGGAAGGACAGAUUUUCGUGGACCGUCAGUUGCACAACAAGGGUAUCUACCCGCCCAUCAACGUCUUGCCCUCACUCUCGCGACUGAUGAAAUCGGCCAUUGGCGAGGGCUUGACCAGAAAAGACCACGGUGAUGUGUCGAAUCAGCUCUACGCCAAGUACGCCAUUGGACGUGACGCGGCAGCCAUGAAAGCCGUGGUCGGUGAAGAGGCGUUAAGCUCGGAAGACAAGUUGUCGCUGGAGUUCUUGGAGAAGUUUGAGAAGCAGUUCAUCUCACAGAGUCCUUAUGACAAGCGAACCAUCUUCGACAGUCUGGACAUUGGGUGGAACCUGCUCCGAAUCUUCCCCAAGGAACUGCUCAACCGGGUCAACCCCAAGAUCCUGGAUGAGUUCUACGCUAGAAAGGGCCACGGCAAGAAAGAGAAGGGUAACAAGGACACGAGGGACAAUACGGACAGUGGGCGGCAAGUCAACGGCGAGCCUAACUUGUUGGACGUUUGAAUUGACCAAGAUUGAUGGCAAUGAUUGUUCAACGAGGUUGUGGGUGGCCGCGAUCGUGUAGGACACGAGCAGCAAGAAUGAGUCAAUCACUGCAAGACUUAGUCAUAUCACAACCGGCGUGACGGAGUGAGGCGGCACUAAGUGGUCUUGUACGAGUGCAGGAGCCUUUGGAGGAGGCUGCUUGAUCCAGUCUUGCACUUGCGGCUUGUAGUAUUUCAGUUGCCUAACAAGUGGUUUUCUGGGAGCUCUUCCAGUAGGUACAUAGGUAGAGGAUGAAGCACUGCGGUCUACAGCAGCAGUAAGACAUACAACUGUACGGUAGUCCGUUGAAGCUAGCCGAAUAUUCGCAACGCACAUGCACGGGUUCAUCCGUUGAGCAGUACAUUGUUAUACAAUCUUGUCGAUUCUGCCACA